AUGCAUGUUAAGUUAUUUAAAAGAAAUAAAGUAAAAUUAUACUUACAAUUAUUAGAUUAAAAAUAGAGGUUAAAUAUUCAUUUUUUUAAAAUAGAAAAGUAAUAUUUUUAAGCUUGUAUUAGAAUUUUUCAUAUUUACUACAAUUAAUAUUAUAAUAAUUGUGUUCUAUUUUGUUUUGCUCAAUAUUUGAUAUAAAUUGUUUAAUUUAUUUAGUAAAACCAUAUUAAGGUAUGUAUCAUAUUAAAAGUUAAAAAAGUUUUCAGAUAAAAAAAUUAUUUUGUUCUUUUUAAAUUGUAAUGUAAAUUUUCAUUAUUUAGUUUAAUUAAUAUUAAUUAUUUAUUCAGAUUAUACAUUUUUAUUUAAAAUUCAGGAAUUAAAUUUUUAAUUCUCCACAACCAUAAGAAUUUAACUGAACGUGCUAUAUUUAUUAAUAACCUUAUUUUUAUUCUAAUAAUUUUUAGGUUUUUCAAUAUAAUUACUUGUAAAAAUAAUAAAAGAUUUAUUAAGUAAAUAAAUUAUAGAAUAAAUGUCCUUUUUAAGUUUUAUUAGAUAUUAAAUUAGUAAUAUUUAAUAUUACAUCUUUAUCAUUUGUUUCAUAAUAGCUAAUAAGUUCAUAAAAAUCUGUAGAGUAAAAUUAAGCAAAUUGACUAUGUAGAGUAAACAGUAUAUUAAAAUAAAAUUCAACAUUCCAAAUAUAAAAAGUAAUUAAGUGGAAGAGGUAGUAAGUAAUAAAAAGAAAAGGCAGGCUAUCAUGAAUAAAAAACAAAAAAAAGAGCAUUAUUAAGAUUAAAUAAUAAAAACAACAAAACUGUAGAUUUUGUUAACAGCUAACAAUAAUACAUCUUUAAUUUUAUUAAUUAAUUUAAAACUAUAAAAAUUUACAGAAUAAAAGAAUAUUUAUAAAAAAUAUCUUGUAUCUAUUUGUCUAUCUAUCUAAUCAAAUCUGGUAGAAUUAAAUUUAAUAAAGUUAAUGUUUGUUUUAUGUCUAAAAAUUUAUAAUAACAAAUUUUAAUAGCUUAAUUUUUUGUUUCUUUUGUUUAAAUGUAUUCUAAAAAUAAACUAAUUUUUUAUGGUUUUUAUGGGAGUAAGUAAGUAGGUAGGUAAGUAAGUUACUUUAUUUUGUAUUUGAGAUAUGAAUUUCAAUAUAUAUUGAUCGCUUAGCUUAUUAAACUUUCAAACAGCUCAUUUACUUAAUAACCUGUUUUAGAGGAGACUUCGAAAAAUAGCAUCCCUAAAGAAUUUGCAAGUUAUUUACCUUCUAUAUACGAAACUUUUCUUUAUUAUUCUAAAUCGCAUUUAUUUCCAAUCAAAGCUAGUACAGCUACUUUAUUUGAUUUUUUUUAAUUGUAAUCUUUAAACCAUUAUUGA